AUGAGUGUACACUCACUCGAUUAUGCACACCAUGGUAUGGCACAAUCCGAAGUUGAUAUCGAGGCUGGUCGCCCAUCAGUUGGCUCUCAAGCAUCUCCAACAGGAAGGGACAGAGAGGGGAGCUCAUUCCCCGCGUUCAGUACAGCUGCAGAACGAGUGAAUACCAAUGAAACAACAAAACGCCGAACCAGACGCUCGAAUACUGCCCGCUCAUAUCACCCCGAGGGAUUUGCGCAUGAUCCCAACUGGCAGCCAGGAACCGAGCCCGGUAUCGAUCCGACGAAGCCGCUCCCCACGUACACGUCGGAAUGGGCGUCAAAUAUACCCGCGGACCUGCACCGACGCUGCGAGAUCACGGUGGUGGACUUUUCUCAAAAUGAAAUGCGACAGUAUGUGCUAGACAACGACACGCUGGAAGACUUUUUGAAGCGGGAGAGAGAGCCUUGGGUGCAAUGUCGCUGGAUCAAUGUCAACGGAUUGAGCUGGGACGUGAUCAAGAUUCUCGGAAACCAUAAAAGAUUGCAUCGACUUGCGAUUGAAGACGUUGUUCAUACAACCAAUCGCACGAAGGCAGACUGGUACUCGGACCACGCUUUUGUCGUGUUGACUUUGCAGAAAUUGAUGAAGAUCCAGGAAGUCGACUCCGAUUCGGAAGAUGAGGACGGAGCUUCGGUGAGUCGAUGGAAGUCUAGGGACCGGAAGAGCUCGGUUUCCAGUGACAAGAGCUCGGUUUCGUUGAAGCUACCUACGAAACGGAAUGUUGUUAUGGCCGCGUUAAAGGACAUUUUCAGAUUCAGAUCAUCCGCGCGCCCAGAGCGCAAAGCGAAGGCGACAUUAUCGAGUGUCCGACCUGGCCUCGGACGGGGUGGUUCCAAACACACUUCUCAUUUCGGGGAUGUUGGUACCAUCACAGAAACGACUGCAAGGAGUCUCCAACGGUAUCGCGGUGGUCCCAACGAAGAUCGGAUUGAGUUCAUGGAACGUCAUGCUGCGCUUGCUGCUAAAGGACUGUGUGUUACUUUGGAGCAAGUUGCGAUCUUCCUCCAUGCCGAUAAUACGGUGACUUCUUUCUUCGAAACCAGCGCGGAUGACGUUGAAGCCCCAAUUGUCAGGCGUCUCAAUUCACCUGAAACUAUACUUCGACAGUCGUGCGAUGCCAGCAUGCUCUUGCAAGCCAUUCUUGAUGCCGUGAUCGAUCUUGCAAUCCCAGUCACUAUGGCCUAUCAAGAUGCCAUCGGAGACCUCGAGCUGGAGGUCCUGACUGAUCCAGACAUUGAGCAAUCCAAAUCGUUGUAUAUCUUAACAUCUGAGAUCGCUAUUCUACGGAACUCCAUGCAGCCCAUUGUGGCAGUGAUCAAUGCUCUCCGUGACCACCGAUCCGAACCCGUUGGCACGCCUGGACUUGGUGUAUUGCGAAAUCCUCUUAGCCCGUCUACGGCUCCUGCGGAGACAGCUGAGCCCCGCCCUUAUUUUGGGCUUGUGACUCCGAAUUUGAAAAGCCUUGGAGGCACCAGUGUUACGAUCAGUUCCAUGUGCCAUACAUACUUGGGUGACGCCCUGGAUCACUGCAUUACUAUCGUUGAAGGGUACGAUCAAAUGCGGCGCAACGCUGAUAACAUGAUAGACCUCAUUUUCAACACCAUUGGUGCCUACCAGAACGAGAGUAUGAAGCAGCUCACACUUGUAACUUGCCUUUAUCUUCCCAUGACAGUCUUGACGCAUUCCAAGGGUUAUUUCGGAAUGAACUUCAAGACUUUUGAUGCGAUCGAACAUAAUGAAUCAUAUUUCUGGCAGAUCGCGGUACCGUUCGUCUUGGCCACAACUAUUAUCCUGAUGCGUGACAAAAUCAAGCGCUACGCUGUGAUGCUCGCUCAGAGACGUUUGAUUGUUAGCUCGAGGAAGCAGAGACGGCAAAGGAAAAAGUGA